AACAUAGUGAAACCCCGUCUCUACUGAAAACAUAAAAAAUUAGUUGGGUGUGGUGGUGUGCGCCUAUAAUCCUGGCUACUUGGGAGGCUAAGGCAGGAGAAUCAUGUGAACCUGGGAGGUGGAGGUUGGAGUGAGCCGAGAUCGCACCAUUGCACUCCAGCCUGGGCAACAGUGCAAGACUCCAUCUCAAAGAGAAAAAAAAACUAAUAAAAAAAGAGACAGCGUACUGCUCUUUCACCCAGCCUGGAGUGCAGUGGCGCAGUCAUGGCUUACUCUAACUUCAAACUCCUGGGCUCAAGCAUUCUUCCCACCUCAGCUUCCCAAGUAGCUAGGACCACAAGCACAUACCACCACACUCAGCUAAUUUUUUUAAUUUUUAAAUGUUUUUGUAGAGAUGGGGUCUCACUAUGUUGCCCAGGCUGGUCUUGAACUCCUGAGCUCAAGUGAUCCUCUCACCUCAGCCUUCCAAAGCAUUGGGAUUACAAACAUGAAUCACUGUGCCUGGCUCAUAUGUCUUUAUAAGGACACUAAUCCCAUCCAUGAGAGCACUGCCCUAAUGACCUAAUCAUUUCCUGGAGGCCGCACCUCCUAAUACCAUCACCUUGGCAGUUAAUUUCAGCAUAUUAAUGCUGGGGCAACAUAAAUAUUUAGUCCAUUGUAUUUGUGCUUGAAUUGAAUUAGCACAUUAUAUUAUAUGAUUGAAUUGGCAGUUUAUCAUAAUGCAUAUUUACUGCCUUGUUUUACUUUAUCUUUCUUUGUAUUGUGUCUCUUCAACUGGACUAUGAGCUCUUGAGAAACAAAUCUAAGUCUGCCACCUGUUUAUGCCCUUGACAGUCUCUAGCACAAUGUCACACAUAGAGACAGUACAAUAGAUAUUUGUUGAUUGCCUGAUUGAAACCAUGGAUGGUGAUCUAGUUAGCUUUUUUUUUUUUUUAAUUCAAAGCGUUUGCUCACUGAGUAGUAUUACUAUCUUCAAUUUAUCUUUUGGAUGCUGAGGUUGAAGGUGACUAAGAGAAUUGUACCAUUCUUCCGGUGGUUCUAAAUGCAUUAUUGAUUAGUAACAGAAUUGACUAGCAUAAAUGGCAGUUGAGGAUUUUCUUCCUGUCUUUUAUCUUGUGUCAUUUUAGCAGACAGUGAAGGAUGAUUUCCAAGCCUCCUAAAAGAGCUGCGUGAUAAAUAACUGCUGGAUAAAUUAAUAUGCUCUUAUAGAUGAGAACAAAACAAGGGACCAGGUCUGGCUGUCCUGAUUUUGCUUUCCUUGUUCAGCCCUCUGACGGGAGUAGCCCUUGCUCUUGGUUCAGGUCCCAGCUCCUCCCUUGCUUGUCUGUAGCUGUGGGUGAGUCAUGGCAACCUUGUUGGCCCUCCCUUUUCCAAUUGUAAAAGAGAAAUGCGUUGCCACCAGAUGAUGUCUUAAAGCGCCUCCAGCUUCUGGAAUGGAAGACCUUCUGGAAACACAGAGCUGUGUGGUUGCAGGAAAUGGGCUCUUUGCAUGAUAACUAACUCAUCUUCCUCUCUCCCUCAACCAGAUUUCCUGCUGAGACAAGAAGAAGGGAGGCAAAUUCCAGCCUUUUAAAAAGUUGUUUGGCAAAAGGAAAAAGAAAGAACCUUCAUUGUUCCGGGUGCAGUCUUUCGGGAAGAAGAGUUACUCUCACCAGAGUGUCAGCAAUGGGACCUUCUCUUCGGAUGAGGAGACCCUGGAAGACAAUCUAAGGUCCUUCAACUAUUCUGUGGGAACCCGGGCAUUUUCCCAUGACAGUAUUUUUAUCCCUGAUGGGGGAGCAGAAAGUGAGCAGACAGUUCAAGCAAUGUCACAGGACAACAUCCUGGGCAAAGUCAAAACUCUUCAGCAACAGUUGGGCAAGAAUAUCAAGUUUGGGCAGCAGCCACCCAAUGCCAUUUCCAUGAAGAAGGCAAACAGUGGAGAGGCUAGCUUAGAAGAGGAUCUGUUCCUGACCAGUCCCAUGGAAAUUGUGACUCAGCAGGACAUCAUCCUCUCAGAGGCAGAGAACAAGUCCAGUGAUACGCCAAGUUCUCUAAGUCCUCUGAAUCUCCCUGGAGCUGGAAGUGAGAUGGAAGAGAAGGUUGCUCCCGUUAAACCGUCUCGGCCAAAAAGGCACUUCUCUUCUGCUGGCACCAUCGAAAGUGUCAACCUAGAUGCCAUCCCCCUGGCCAUCGCUCGCCUGGACAACAGUGCCGCCAAGCACAAGCUGGCUGUUAAGCCAAAAAAACAGAGGGUGUCAAAGAAGCACAGGCGCCUUGCCCAGGAUCCACAACAUGAGCAAGGCGGCCUUGAGAGUCGGCCCUCCCUGGACCAGAACGGACACCCAGGCGAGGACAAGCCAACGGGGCACGAAGAGGAACCCAAUCUGCUGGAUUCCGAGGAAGAGAGAAGACGCCAAGAAGACUACUGGCGAGAAUUGGAGGCCAAGUGCAAGCGGCAAAAGGCGGAAGCAGCCGAGAAGAGACGCCUAGAGGAGCAGAGGCUGCAGGCGCUGGAGAGGAGGCUUUGGGAAGAGAACAGAAGGCAGGAGCUCUUGGAGGAGGAGGGCGAGGGGCAGGAGCCGCCUCUAGAGGCGGAAAGGGCGCCGCUGGAAGAGCAGCGGCGGAGCCUGGAAGCCCCAGGUUGGGAGGACGCCGAGCGGUGGGAGCGUGAGGAGCGCGAGCGCCUGGAGGCCGAGGAGGACCGAAGGCGUCUGCAGGCCCAGGCCCAGGCGGAGGAGAGGCGGCGGCUGGAGGAGGACGCCAGGCUGGAGGAACGGAGGCGGCAGGAGGAGAAGGAAGGAAGAUGCGCGGAGGAGCUCAAAAGGCAGGAGGAGGAGGAGGCUGAGGGAUGGGAAGAGCUGGAACAGCAGGAGGAGGCGGAGGUGCAGGGGCCGCCCGAGGCUUUGGAGGAGACUGGGACUGGGGAGGGCCGGCGGGGCGCGGAGGAGGAGGAUCUGGGGGAAGAGGAGGAUCUGGGGGAAGAGGAGGAGGAGGGCCAGGCGCACCUGGAGGACGGGAGGGGCCAGCUCAGCGAGCUUCUGAACGACUUUGAGGAGAGGCCAGAAGACCAGGAACGCCUGAAACCCGAAAGACAAAGAGAACACUCCGAGGAGCCAAGCAUUUGCGAGGAGCAGAGCCCAGAGGCCGAGCGGCGAAUAGAGCCGCAGGGAAGGAGCGGGGAUUUCCAGGGGGCCGAUCGUCCUGGGCCCGAGGAAAAGAGAGAAGGGGACACGGAGCCUCUCCGGAAACAAGAGGAGCCCGUGGAAGCCGCGCAGCCUCCGGUGGAGAGGAAAGAGGCCGCCGCCCUUGAACAAGGCCGCAAGGUGGAGGAGCUGCGGUGGCAGGAGGUGGACGAGAGGCAGACCAUGCCCCGGCCCUACACGUUCCAGGUGUCCUCCGGGGGGAAGCAGAUUCUCUUUCCCAAAGUCAACCUGAGCCCCGUGACGCCCGCAAAGGACACGGGGCUCACCGCUGCCCCCCAGGAACCAAAGGCCCCCAAAGCCAGCCCAGUCCAGCACGCCCUACCGUCGUCCCUGAGCGUUCCCCACACCGCCAUUCUGGUCACAGGCGCGCAGCUCUGUGGCCCGGCCGUCAACCUGAGCCAGAUCAAGGACACCGCGUGUAAGUCCCUCCUGGGCUUGGAGGAGAAGAAGCACGUGGACACCCCAGCUGGGGAGAACCCUCCCCGAGGCCCCGGCGACGCGCGGGCGGGCAGCGGGAAGGCUAAGCCCCCCCAGGAGUCUCCCAGCAGCGCGUCCGCACUCGCAGAAUGGGCUUCCAUUCGGUCCAGAAUCCUGAAGAACGCAGAGAGUGACCCGCGCAGCAGCGAGAGGGACCAGUCGAGGCCCGGUGAUGAGUCCAUUCCCAGGGGCCGGUGUGAUUCCCGCGGGAACCUCCGGAAGACUCCUCCAGUCAAUGCAAAGUUCUCUAUUAUGCCUGCCUGGCAGAAAUUUUCCGAUGGUGGCACGGAGACCUCCAAACAGAACACGGAAGCUGAAAGCAUACGAAAAAGACCCAUGCUGGGACCCAGCGAAGAGACAGCCCCCCAGCCUCCUCCUGCUGGUGUUCGCGAGCUCGGGAAGGGUCCGGAGAAGUCGGAGAUGCACCGGGAGCCCGCAGACACCACCGAGGGAUGCAAAUUUGCCAAAGACCUCCCGUCUUUCCUUGUCCCAAGCCUUCCUUACCCUCCGCAGAAAGUGGUGGCCCACACAGAGUUCACGACCUCGUCGGACAGCGAGACUGCAAACGGGAUAGCAAAGCCAGACCCUGUGACGCAAAGUGGGGAGGAAAAAACCUCACCGUUUGGAAUAAAAUUGAGAAGGACCAACUAUUCCUUGCGCUUCAACUGCGACCAACAGGCGGAACAGAAGAAGAAGAAAAGGCACAGCAGCACCGGAGACAGCGGGGAUGCAAGGCCGCCUGCAGCGGGGAGCGCUCGUGGAGAGAAAGAGAUGGAGGGUGUGGCCCUCAAGCAUGGUCCAUCCCUCCCCCAAGAGCGGAAGCAAGCCCCUUCCACCCGAAGGGACUCCGUUGAACCUUCCAGCAGCCGCUCUGUUCCUGUGGCCCACCCUGGGCCCCCACCGGCCAGCAGCCAGACGCCGGCUCCGGAGCACGACAAGGCAGCAAACAAAAUGCCACUGGCACAGAAGCCAGCACUGGCUCCCAAGCCCACCAGUCAGACCCCACCAGCAUCCCCACUUUCCAAACUGAGCAGGCCCUACUUGGUAGAGCUGCUGUCUCGCCGAGCGGGGAGGCCGGACCCAGAGCCAAGUGAGCCGUCCAAGGAGGGCCAGGAGAGCAGUGACCGCCGGCCACCCUCACCCCCAGGCCCCGAGGAAAGGAAGAGGGACGAGGAGGAAGAGGCGACAGAGAGGAAACCUGCUUCCCCACCUCUGCCUGCUGCUCAGCAAGAGAAACCUUCUCAAACACCCGAGGCCGGGAGGAAAGAGAAGCCGAUGCUUCAGAGCAGACACUCUUUAGAUGGCUCCAAACUUACAGAGAAAGUGGAAACUGCUCAGCCGCUGUGGAUAACAUUAGCACUGCAAAAGCAAAAGGGGUUUCGGGAGCAGCAGGCGACGCGGGAGGAGAGAAAGCAAGCCAGAGAGGCCAAACAGGCAGAAAAGCUCUCCAAAGAAAAUGUCAGUGUCAGCCUGCAGCCUGGAAGCAGCAGUGUCAGCAGAGCAGGUUCCCUGCACAAGUCCACUGCUCUGCCAGAAGAGAAGAGGCCCGAGACUGCAGUGUCCAGGCUUGAGCGCAGAGAACAGCUGAAAAAGGCCAACACUCUUCCUACGUCUGUGACAGUGGAGAUCUCUGACUCGGCUCCCCCAGCGCCGCUGGUAAAAGAAGUCACCAAGAGGUUUUCCACCCCGGAUGCUGCCCCCGUGUCAACAGAACCAGCCUGGCUGGCUUUGGCCAAAAGGAAAGCAAAGGCUUGGAGCGACUGUCCACAGAUUAUUAAGUAAAGAGUGACUCUCACCCAUCCCUACUGCCAGUUAUUGGCUCCUCUCUUGCCCUUUUUAUUUAUUUAUUUUUUAUAUGGGGUAAAGAAAUCAAGCUAGGGAAAAGAAGCAUGUUUUAUAGGCUCCAAAAUAAUGUUUAGAAACUGAACUGGUGGUGUUCAUUGUGAAGAGUGGAUUUGCACAACCCUAGGUCCUGGUGCCUUGAGCUCCUCCUAGUUCUCAAGAGAAAAUUCCAUCCACAGGACCACAUGAAGCAAAAUCUCUAAGCUAAGAACUCCUCGUGAGAGCCUGCCAUGCCCAUUCCAUGGCCUUGCACACACACUCACCCACACACCAUUCAGAACAUGUACUUUUGCCAACCUUUUGUAAUGGUUUUUUGAUUCUGCGCACUAAUUUUCUUUGUCCAAAACAUUUACUCUACCAUAUGUCUGGGAAUGUUUAUCCUUUCUACAGUAAUGGUGAAAGGAUCAUAUCUAGCUAAAAGCAGGAACACCCAUUCUCCUGAAUGCAGUGAGUAAUUGGGAAUCACAAGGAACAUUCUGGCUCCCAACUGUGCCCAUGUUAGUUUUCAUGAGUUUUCCCCACUCUGAAGCUGUAACCCAGAAGGCACAUCCAUUCACAUUUUUACCGCACUGUGGAUUCAUAGUGUGGGGCCCUGUUAUUCCAAUACCCUCCUUAAGGACAUGUGAAGCAUUUGGCCCAGUUGGCUCCCAGGGAACAUUUUAAUUUAAUGUAGUGAAGAAAGACAAUUCUAGAUCAGAGCUACAAGUUCAUUUUCUGUCUCUGAGAAUCUCCAUCUAGGGCAGUAGUUCUUAUGAUGUGUAGGCUCCCUCCUAGGGCCUACUCAAUCAGAGCCUGUGGGGACUGGCCAGGAAUAUGUGUUCUGGCAAAAACUCUUCAGGUCAGUUCUGAUAGAUCCCAAAGGUUAAGAACUGUGAGAAACACUGAUCCUAAUGUAAUCUAGUUUUUCAGACUUCGAAGGGGAGGCUCAUUCACUCAAAAAGCAACAGUGAGACAGGAAAAAUAAUAAAACAACCCCCCAAGCCAGCCAUUUAUUACAAGAAACAACAGGUUAUUGACAUCACGUUUGAAAAUUCCCUUUGGUCUUUAGGGAAAAUUAACAGGAAGCCAAGAUUUGGAGCCUUUGUAAUAAGGACUUCCUGCAGAAAGUCUUUUCUUUACUAUAAUUGAGUAAUUCAUAUUUAGAGUCAAAUGUCCAGUAGCAUUUCUGAUUUUGAGCAUUCACCUUGCUACCUUUAAAAAACAUCUGAGUUUUAAGUGGCCUUUUAAUCAUCAUACACAUGUGCAUACAAAGAAGGGACUUGGCAGUUUAAAAGCCACAUAUAUUCACUUUUAUUUCCCUAAAUUUACUUUACAUGAAACAUAGACAUACUGGCAAACUCACAUAUUGCUGGUGCUAACCUUAUAUUUCAUAGUGUUGGCAUAUUCCCCUUUUCUUAGAUUCUUACUCCAAAAUAUAGGUACACACCCUUUGCUCUGUGCAGAGGGAAUCACAUCCUUUUUCCUCUCCUACAAAAACAUGCUUUAUUAGGUAUCCAUCAUUACUUUCCUUUAUGCUCGCUCAAUAUGCAAUGUGCUGUUAUUCUACCAUGUACCUUAAAUAAAGGAUGAUGGCAAAGUUA